UCGAAUUAGCUAGCAUAGCAUAGAAUCAGACAUGUUUGACUCCUUCUUCUUCGGUUGGAGAAAAGCUUCACAAUGCAAGAAGCUAAUCAAGAGAUUGAGUUGCCGUAUCAAGCUUCUCAACAACAAGAGAUCCUCUAUUAUACGCCAAUCCCGAAUCGACAUAGCCCAUCUUCUCAAGAACAACUAUCGUCAAAUCGCCUUUAAUCGGGUUGAGCAGCUGAUAAUGGACGAAAGAAACGUGUCUGCUUAUAAUCUUCUCGACCAUUUCUGCGAAUUCACUCUUCUUCAUCUUCCUUAUAUUCGCCAUCACAAGGACAUUCCGAAUGACAUAAACGAGGCGGUUUCUAGUUUGGUAUAUGCAUCGGCUAGAUGCGGCGAUCUGCCUGAGCUUCUGGUAAUUCGUAAGCUAUUUUCUAACCGUUAUGGACAAACCUUUGCACUUCUGUCACUCCAAUUACUGCCCGGAAACCUAGUCAACCAUCAGGUAAAAGAAAAUCUUUCUUUAAGAUGUGUUUCGGAUGAAGAUAAGUAUAAAAUAAUGAAGGAAAUCAUAUCAACGAGCUGUCUCAAAAUUGAAGCAAUAUUGGCCAUCGACAAUUGUCCAUGGCAGGAAGAAAUAGUUACAUUGAUUGAGCCCGAGUACUCAUCUGAAACUGCCGAUGUCACUCGCAUUCCUGAUUCUAGAAUCGAUCUUAACUCUCAAAUGGUCUUAGAUCAUGAUCAUAAACAUCAUCAAGAUGUUGAAGAGAUUCAAUCAUGGACAAAACAAAAUGGGAAUUGUCAAGAACAAAGACUAUUUAAGUUCAAGUCAUUGUCAUCGCCUUUAUUUGAACCUUGUAUGGAAAAGGGAAGCGGAAAAAGGUUGAGAAGAAGGUCAGCUGUUUGUCGGGGAUUAAUUAAUGGAGGCGAUGCUAACAACCUUAGUCUUAAAGACGUCGAAUAUGAGAGUUACUAUGGCGCAUCAUUUGAAGAAAGACGUAAAUUUGGAAAUAAAAGAAAGUGUCGUAAGAAGGCUAAUUUGUAG